AUGAUGAGGUACCUUCAGCUCGUUAUCGCCAUCAUACUCCUCGCUUCCGUUCAGUCACUUCCAGAAGACAUGGAUGACACAAUAACGAGUCCGACGACUUCUCCAGGACUCUGCGGGCCAUGUCCGCCGCUGGCGCAGUGUCUCUGCGUCCCAGGAGUUGUACAUAAAAAAGAAGAACUCGAGAAAUAG